AUGAAAAUUGUAUUCGAACAUCAAGGUCGUAAGACUACAAUAAUUGGUAAUGAUUAUGUUUCAAUAGUUGAAAAAAUUAGAUCAUUAUUUUCAAAUCAAAAUCAUUGUCGAAUACAAUUUUAUGAUCCUGAACUCAGUGAUUAUUUUGAUUUCACGUUAUAUGAACAAGUGAUUGAUUUUUCUGAUGAAUGUUCAAUUGAAGAAUUAAUAGAUGAAUCUUUUAAAAAUCAAACAUUAAAUUCACUCCGUGAUCCAUUUGAAGAACAAACUGUAACAACUCCAUCGCCCAACACACCCAUCAGACCAAAAAUAAUCUCAAAAAAUGAUCGUCAAGCAUCAAUAUCAUUUGUAACCCCAUCAACUUCAAGAACUCAAUCAAUUUCAUCAGUUUCAUCAACUCAAUCAGCUGUUUCAAUCAUUAAUCCUUCAUCUAUUUCGACUACAUCAGUGAUUGUAAAACCAAUCCUAAUAACAAAUGUACCAUCUAACCGUAUUUACCACAAUGGUCGCAUGCACAUAACUUCACUACCAUCACAAUCAAUAGCUGCUGUUCAUAAAGUCAUUGUACCACGUGGUUGUGAGAAGAAAAAAGUUCAUCAUGCAAUUUAUGCUAUUACGGAAUCAAAUACUCGGGAUGAAUUACAAUAUAAAUCACGUGAUUUACUUGAUGGUCUUAUGAAAAAAUAUAUAGGAUUGACACAUAAGAAAAGGGAAUCCGAUAUGCAGUACUGUCGUUCGAUUAUUGCCAGAGUUCCAUUUAGAAAUUGGGCUCGUAAAAUGUCAUCAGAUACUGGUAUAUUACGUACGCCCGAUUCUGUAUUUAUCAAUCUAUUAGAUUAUCCUUUUAAACCGAAUUAUAUUGAUUUAUCAAAUCCGGGCUGUAUUGGCAAUGGAAAAACAAAAUUACGUCUACAUUACUUAGACGAAGGAAACAAGAAUAGUAAAGAAACAGUUUUAUUAUUACAUGGCGAACCAACUUGGAGUUAUUUGUAUCGUCAUUUUAUACCAUCGUUAAAACAAUACCGAGUAAUUGCUUUUGACUUUAUAGGAUUUGGUAAAUCGGAUAAACCAAUAAAUAAAACCGAUUAUACAUACCAAAGACAUGUUAACUGGACCAAAGAAGCUAUUGAAUAUUUAAAUUUAAAUAACAUUACAUUAUUUUGCCAGGACUGGGGUACUUUGAUUGGUUUACAAUUGGUUGGUACAAAUGGAAUAGGAAAUCGUUUUGCACGGGUUAUUGCUGCAAAUGGUUGGUUACCUACAGGCGAUGGGCCCAUUACCGAUGGUUUUUUGCGAUGGCAAAAGUUUGCAUUGAAACAAACGAAAAUGGAUGUUGGUUGGAUAAUAAAACGUUCAGUUAUACGAGAAAUGAAACCAAAAGAAAUUGCUGCCUAUAAUGCCCCAUUUCCAAAUGAGAAAUAUCAAGCUGGUGCAUUAAUAUUUCCCCAAUUGGUACCAACAACACCCGAUAAUCCUUCAUCACCAUAUAAUCGUGAUGCAUGGAAAAAUUUGCAACUAUUUCAUCGACCAUUUUUAACUUUAUUCUCUGAUUCGGAUCCGGUAACAGCUGGUGCGGAAAAACUUUUACAAAUGUCGAUACCAGGUGCUAAUGGUCAAGCGCAUGCUAUGAUCACUCAAGCUGGUCAUUUUCUACAGGAAGAGAAGCCACAUGAAAUUGUUGAACAUCUUAUUAAAUUUAUUAACGAUAAUCCAUUGCCUCUCGAUUCGAAACCAUGGAUGAAGUCUGAAGGAACGAAUACAUAA